AUGGAUAGAAAUAACUUGGCUUUUGACCCUGAUGCUAUAAUGGAUCAACUGGCUGACUCGGAUUUGGGCGAGGACUUUGACGACGAUAAUGAUUGGCAUCCACCUGGUCAGCUAACUAAUUCUAGCUCGGAUAACGAAGACAAGCAAGAAGCAAGAAAUUCAACAGUAGCAAGUCCAUCAUCGUCGAAUAAAUGGAUUCGCAGACGAUUCGUCGGUAAACCCAUGCCUACACUGAUCUCGGAGCCGACGGAAGAAGUACUUACUCCAAGUGAAUACUUUGAUAGAGUAAACUUACACAUAGUAGAUAAGGGAUCUGUAUCACCUGAAAUACAAACUCAGAACAAACUGUGGCUUGUCCAGCCACUGAUAGAUGCUGUAAGGGGCAGAUGCUUACAGAUACCUAGAGAUCAAUCUCACUUUUCAAUAGAUGAACAAAUGGUGCCAUUACUCGGUAAGUGUCCUGUCAGACAACUUGUGAAAGGCAAACCGAGACCAGUGGGCCUUAAAAAUUAUGUCGUGACAUCAUCGAAAGGAUUAGUGUUAGAUUUUGAGCUCCAUCAAGGCGACACCACUCCACUUUCAGACAGAUCUUUGGGCCUUGGACCCGCUAUAGUUUUACGUUUAAUAAAUACCCUGCCCAGAGGAAGUUUCGUCUAUUUUGAUAGAUAUUUCACGACCAUUCCAUUACUUGAGAAGAUGUUAACGCUUGGAAUUGAAGGCACUGGAACAAUAAUAACCAAUAGAUUUAAAGGAUACCAGUUUCCCAAAGACUCUUCAAUGAAUCGGGGUGAUUAUCACGAGGUUGUUAACAAUAAAAAAGAUAUCUGUGUCAUUAAAUGGAAAGACUCCAAAACAGUAUUAACUUGUUCAACUGCUAUUGGAGCCCUGCCAUUGCAUAAGGUCCAGCGUUACGAUAAAGUUACAAAAUCAUACAUCGAAGUAACUUGCCCUGAUAUGAUUAAAAAUUACAACGAACAUAUGGGAGGUGUAGACGUCAGCGACCAAAUGAUGGAGGUCUACAGAUCAUGGCAUAAAACUCGCAAAUGGCCAAUCAAGUUAAUAAUGCAUUUGUUUGACUUGGCCAUGGUGAACUCGUGGUACGAGUAUCGCCAAUCAUGUGAUAGAAAUAAAGUCAAGAACUCUAAUAUCAUGGAUUUUCUGGACUUUAAAAUAUGCGUAUCUGAUUUUCUACUUGGCGGCUCAACGAGAAAACGCACCCGAGAAGAAUUCGAAGAAAUGGCAAAGAUGCCUUCAACAUCCCACUAA